AUGGCCAGGUCAGGAGUUGUGGGUGUGCUCUGAGAUGGCAGAGGUCAGCGUCUUAGUCAGUCGGAUAUCCCUGUCGUGUUCUUUUUUCUCUCCUGCAUAGGUCUGCCAGUAUCACAUAUGUAAACCUUUCCACACUUGCAGGGAAUCCUGUAGACUACACCAUCCUGUUUAACUGGGUGGACAGCAUCCUUUGGGUUUACUAGGUGUGAUCUGACUUCAAAACUACAUGUAUGCUUUGUUGUUGUGGACAGCAGCAAAGUUGUUUGGAGAGGCAUUUAACAUAGGGCAGGACUGUGGGUGGAUCUGAACCCCCUGGCGGUUUCAAUGCUGGCAGUCAGUAUCUUAGUUUUUGUUAACCUCUGCACAAGGGAGGAAAGAUAACCAUUAAAAACAAUUUUGAACAGAUGAUGGAUGUUACUUCUACUUGGAGACAACAGAGGGUUUUUUUAACAAGAUGUUUUGCACACUCAUAAAAGUACCUGACAAUAGUGCACUUUACUAAUUGUGGAUGGUGAGAAUCAUAUGCCAGGUAUUGGUCAGUGUGUGUUGGCUUCUUGUAAACGUCAAUGGUUUAAGGAAUCCAUCAGGUUCUACUGUAACUGUUGUGUUGAGGAGGGUGAUUUUGUUGUUACUUUCCAACUGCGAUAACAGUCCUAUGCAAUUCUGAUUUUCUUCAAAUCUCCACUCAGUUUUAAUUCCUUUCUCACUAUCAACAGGACUUCCUUGCCCUUGAAUGACUUCUCUUGUGGAAAAUAUUAAACCUCUGUUCUACAGGUACCUCUCACCUGUACACUAAAAUUAUAUCUUUGCUUAUCCUAUUCUUGGAUGUAAUUUUGCAACAAGAAAGGCACAAUUCAAGAACAGAGAAUUAGAUUCACGAAGGACAGGAAGGAUAACCACUAAAAACAAGAACAGAUGACGACUGUCUCUUCUCCUUGGAGAUAAUGGAGGGUUUUGUUACAAGAUGUUUUUGCACCCUUGUAAAAGCACUUGACAAUACCAUGCUUGACUGAUUGUGGAUUGUAAGAUGUAAGCUAAAAAAGCCAACAUAUCAUAUGCAAAGGUGUUCAUAAUUGGUCUCAGAGGUGUACAGGCUUUAUGAAUCUUUGGUAAACCAUAGAUUCAAGGCAGCUGUUUAUGUCGUGGUCUGAUCUUGUUGUUGAUGGCCUCUGACAGAUAUCCGCUUCACUUCAUGGUUAACAGUUUCCCAGACAACUUCCUCGUCAGAAGGUCGGUCAGAUCUUUGUUCAGGCACUGAUGUGGUCCUUUUCCCACACCUGACUUCCUGCCAAAAAGCUGCAUGGCAACAAGUCACCAAGGGGUGUAAAUGCCACGAGGGCCUCAUCCUUUCUACCACAAACACAUACCAACAUUAACCUUAAUUCCUGUGCUCAUUUCCCCAAAUAUGCAAUGAGCGGUCCUUAUUGACAAGUCAGCAUUAGCUGACAUUACUCCGAACUCCUUCUAAUCAUACACGAGAUAUACCUUCAGUUCCAAAGACCUGUCAUUGUCAGGGAACUCAAAUCCAAGUGUCACUUCCUUUGAACAUGAUCAAAUCAGACAUUCCACCACUGUGCAGCUUCUACAACUUACAGUAAUCCUAUCCAAUUCUGAUUUUCCACUCAGUUUAUUCCUUCUCACUGUCAAUACUACCUCCUUAUCCUUGAAUGACUUCUCUUUUGGAAAGUGUUAACCCUCUUUUCUACAUAUACCUCUUACUUCUGCCACCAGCAGAAGCUUGUACUAAAAUUCUAUCAUACUUUACCCUAUUCUUUGGUGUAAAUACUGCCACAGUUGCCAUGAUGUUACAAAGAAGUCAAUCAGAAUUCUCUGGAUCAGUCUUUGCUCUAUGCCAAAAUUGCAGAGAAAACCACCAGUCCACAACCUACAUCCUGGACAAGCAAGCUUUAGUUUCAUAUGUACCUGGACUGCGUAGUGUGAGCUCAAUGCUGGCCUGGCAAAUGAUGAUUGCACAGUCACACAAACUGGUUUGGUCAACCUGCAAGGAUGAUGAUACACUCCUGCAUGGUUAUGAAGUCCUUUAUAAAUUAAGGCACAUUAAGACUUCUACUAAUGACUGAAGUUGAAAUAUUGAAGGAGAGAAAUUAGAUUGAUUGAAUUCAAGAGUGAGAGUUCUUC